UUUGGUUUCCACUUACUCGUCGAUUAGUUUCUGUAAGGAUUUAUUUCCUGUAGUUGGAUUCUUGUGCUGGGCUCAGUACAUCAGCGAUAACUUGUAAGGAUUUCGUAGGUUCGAUUUUGUAAAUUAAUUGAUAAAGUGUCAGUAGUUUUGAAGCUCUAGUUUAUGGAACUAGGUCUUUGAAAUUUGCGGCGGUGUUCCGAGUUUAGCGUAUAAGAUUAUCGAAUGAUUGUUUAGUGUUGUGUCUCUGAUGACCCUUCAUCCUUGUCAUUGAAUCCUUGAGCUUCCUGUUGUUAUGUUCUUUCUUCAAAUAAAGAGCAUAAUGGUAAUAAUACUCUCUUCCGGCAAGGUGUUUCCCUUUAUAGUAUUGAUUGAUGAUGGAAACCCAGAAGAAAUCUCGAGAACGUAGCCUAUACCAUAUAGUUGAUGAUACCGGUGGGGCAUUUGGAAUGGGAGCUAUUGGAGGAUCUGUAGUUCAUUUCAUAAAAGGCACAUACAAUUCCCCGAAAGGUCGUCGUUUUGUUGGCGGAGCACAAGCGGUGAGCAUGAAUGCUCCUCGUAUAGGAGGCGCUUUUGCUGUAUUUGGAGGCUUGUUCUCCACAUUUGACUACACAUUGGUGUACAUCAGGAACAAGGAAGAUCCAUGGAACUCCAUCAUAGCUGGUGCUGCUACGGGAGGCUUUCUUUCAAUGCGUCAAGGGAUUGUUGCAGCUUCUAGAUCUGCGCUUAUGUGUGGGGUUUUGCUUGCUUUGUUCAAAGGGGUUCGUUAAUGUUGAACAAGUAAAGCCUUUUUUUUGGGGUUGUGAUUCGAUGAGCUUUCUCUCCCCAAAUCUUGGAAUCUAAAUACUGUACUCUUUGUAAAAUCAUUUUACAGUGUUAUUCUUUUUGUUUCUAAAAUAAUGUUCUUUCCGUCCAACACUGGCAAUGUCUCUCUGAUUCACUUCUCAUACUGGUUCUUUA